GCUCUACGGCGAAUCAUGCUCGCCCUGCCCGGCUUGCGGCUUCUGACUCACCUCCCGCGCCAGGGGCUCCUGCGGGCCAGCCGGCCGGCUUGCGCGGCGGCGGCGGAGAACGGGGGAAAAACCACCGGCCAAGGACCGCAAGAGCCGCCCUUCGACGCCGGGCUGCUGGAGAUCCUCGUGUGCCCCCUGUCGAAAAAGCCGCUCAGAUAUAACGAAACCACAAAUGAGUUAAUUAAUGAAGAACUAGGUAUAGCGUACCCCAUCAUAGAUGGCAUUCCUAAUAUGAUACCUCAGGCAGCAAGAAUGAUUGGCAAGGAGAAGCAGGAAACAGAAUCUGAGCAAACCUAG